AUGUCCGCGGACCCGGACGGCGAAAAGGUGCAAGUCCAUGGACAACAACACCAACACCACCAUCCUGACGAUGUAGAGCGUCCGCCCUCGGUCACGACAGAAACCACCAGCACCGCCCACGAAGGGCCCGGACCCGACGACGACGAAAAUGACGAAGAUGACGAUUAUGCAACGGAGCGGGACCUGGAAAAGGCCGACCACAUAGUCUCGGCCACCUUCCCCGGCGAGGCGGCCGGGGGCGGGACCACCGUCAGGGCCGGCAGCCCGGGACUCGACCACCACCACCACCACCGGUCCGGCCCGGGGUCCGCCCCAGAUCCGGACCUUGAGGAAAAGACAGUCGGCGACGAUGCCGUCGUCGCUCGUCGCUCGCCGUCGCGUGCCUCGUCUGCGCGCUCGCGGCCCCUGACCAUUGUGCCCCGCCAUCGGCGCCGCGGGCUGUUUGGGCGCUUCACCAUCGUGCCCGAGGUGAAGCGGCCGUACGACUACAAGAACUCGACCAAAUGGGGCCUCACCGCGACUGUGGCCUUUGCCACCAUUGCCGCGCCGCUCGGCUCCUCCAUCUUUUACCCCGCCCUCCCCGUCCUCACGCGCGAGCUCAACACGACGCAGACGGUGACCAACCUGUCGGUGGCCAUGUACAUGCUCGCCAUGUCCAUCUUCCCGCUGUGGUGGUCCUCCUUCUCCGAGCAGCUGGGCCGGCGCACCGUCUACCUCGUGUCCUUCUCCCUCUUCGUCGUCUUCUCCGUGCUCUGCGCCGUCAGCACCAGCGCCGCCAUGCUCGUCGUCUUCCGCGUCCUCACCGGCGGCGCCUCGGCCAGCGUGCAGGCCGUCGGCGCGGGCACCAUCGCCGACAUCUGGGAGCCGCGCGAGAGGGGCCGCGCCAUGAGCAUGUUCUACCUCGGCCCCUUGCUUGGCCCCAUCGUCGCGCCUGUCGUGGGUGGUGUGCUCGCCCAGAAGCUCGGGUGGCAGUCGACGCAGUAUUUUCUCGCCAUCUACGGCGCCGUCAUAUUGCUGAUGCUCUUCUUCCUGCUGCCGGAGACGCUCGCCCGGCGGCGCGCCGAUGACGAUGAUGAUAAUGACCAGCAGCAGCAGCAGCAGCAGCAGGGCGCAGGUCAAGGAGAGCAGCUGCAGCGCACCACGACCGCCCAGUCCGCCAAGAUCAAGACGCAGCGCCUCGCCCGGGCCGUCAAGCGCGUCGUCAUCGACCCGCUCAGCGUGCUGCUCUUCCUGCGCUUCCCGCCGGUGCUCAUCACGGUGCUCGUCGCGGCCAUCGCCUUUGGCGCGCUCUUCGUCGCCAACAUCUCCAUCCAGCAGACCUUCUCGGCGCCGCCGUACGGCUUCCCGCAGCUCAUCGUCGGCCUGCUGUACGUGCCCCUGGGGCUGGGCUACUUUUCCGCCUCCUUCUUCGGCGGCCGCUGGAUUGAUAAUAUUAUGGCCCGCGAGGCCCGCAAGGCGAACCGCUACGACGAGCACGGCAAGCUCGUCUACCUCCCCGAGGACCGCAUGCGCGAGAACAUGUGGAUCGCCAACACGGUCUAUCCCCUGGGGCUGCUGCUGUUUGGGUGGACGCUGCGGUACGGCGUGUUUUGGUUCGUGCCGUCGCUGGGGGGGUUCUUCUUUGGGGUGUCGUCGAUGCUGGUGUUUUCCGCCGCGACCACCAUGCUCACCGAGUUCGUCCACAAGCGCUCCUCGGCGGGCGUCGCCGUCAACAACUUUGUGCGCAACAUCCUCAGCUGCGUCGGCACCGUCGUCGCCGCCCCCUGGAUCAACGCCAUCGGCACCGGCUGGGUCUUUACCAUCAUUGCCGUCUUUUGCCUGGCGUCCGGGUACUUUGGCAUAUGGAUCCUGCGCCGCAACGCGCCGCGCUGGAGAAAGGACAUGGACGAGGCCAUGAAGAAGAUAAGGUGA